GACGCUCUCCUCCAGUUCCCACUGAAAUCAGUUUCUUAUCUGAUUUCAGUUUUUUAGACUGAAUCCAGUUUACCAACCAUCCGCCAACCACAAACAAACGCAAACAAACAAGCAAGAAGGAACGACGCGGCGUGGGUUUGGUGUUUGCCAAGGAGCAAGCAUGAGCGAGGAAGGAAGGAGGAGGUCAAGCAUGGGGGAGGAGGGCGAAGAGGCGGUGACACCGAGGACGGAGAUACCUCGCGAAGCAAACAAAGCGAAACAAGCGGGCAAUCGGCCGCCCAAGACGGACUCUCAAGAAGACGCCAACAAUGAUGAUGAUGAUGAUGUGCGGGAUCGUGCCGCACACGACAACACCGACCCCGUUCGCAACAACAAUGGCAGCGGCAGCGAUAACAACAGCGACGGCGACAGAGGCGAGGGGACGAAGCAGGAUACUGCCGCAGGUGAUGAUGCAGUUGGUACUGGAGAUGCUGCCAAUGCCGAUCUCAACAGGACCUUCAGCAAACGGAGCUCGGCAGCCGCGGUUGAUAAGGAAGCAGCGAGUCCUGCGCCGACAACGAGCACUCCAAAGCCGCAGAGAUCGAGCCGAGGGGAAGCUGCAAAAGUGAGAAUGGCAUCGCCCGUGCCACACAUCACCACUGACAGCGUUGACGAUGGCACUGCAAAUGGCGAUGAGGGCGGCGAGCAGGACGACGGCGAGGGAAAGCGCAAAUCGAAGCGGCUGAGCGAACGAAAGCCAACACGGCACCCGCGCGGAAGCAAACCCGUGGCAGACGCAGAAGCACAAGAUGCAGCUGCUGCACAAUCACUAUCGCCAGAUGUCAAGAAGCCGAAAGACACACAGCAGCAAGACAAGCAGCAGCAAGACCGUGGGCAGCGAAACAAGCAGCAAGCCAAGGCUCGCAAGCCACGAAACAAGCAGCCCAAUGGCAAAGCACGGCCACAGCAACGGGCGGCAGCAUCAUCAUCACCACCACAGAAGGGCAAGGCGGACCAAGCGGCCCCUGCUUCCACGGAAAACAGCCCAUCCACGAAGAUGAAGCAGAAGAAGAAAAAGAAGCGUCCAGCCGCCAAGAAACUGGGCCCGGUGGUGGAUUCAAAGCGGUACGGGAUCGUGAAACGAAACAUCUUGCAUGUGUGGAUUGCCAUUAACCGCAACAUCCAAAUCCCAAAGACACAGGUGACGCACGACCCGCGAUCGGAACCCACAUUGGAGCACUUCCUGGACAAGGUGACGGAGGUGGUGCAGAAGACAAGUCUCGGUCUCGUACGGCGAUUGCACGUUGCGAGCGAUGGCCGCGAGAUCACCAACCUCUCACAGCUGCAGGAUGGCGAACUCUACGUUGCGUGCGGCAGCAGGCGCUUCAAGCGUAUAAACUACGAGAAGGCGGUGGACUACAGCGUUCGCAACGACAACUACGUCCCGCCAAAUCUCGAAGCCAUGAAGGCAAAGUUUGACAAGCCCACGGACGGCCCAAGCAUCUUCGAGAGCCAUCUUGAUAAGGCCCCACUGGUUGUGUAUCUUGUCUACAAUGGCGAGUCGUCGGGCGAUUACACGCAGGUCCUCCUCACCAAGACCGAACGCCACUCCUUCGAAAAGGUGCUUGAUGUGAUGAGCGAGAAGAUGCGGCCUGUGCUGCAGUACCGCGAGAUCCGACACCUCUUCACUCUCGGCGGUGCACCCGUCACCACGCUCGACCAGAUCAAGGAUGUGCGUGAGGGCGGGGUGUAUGUCGCUGUUGACCGCCUCCCACUCCACCUCCCAAACGUCCGCCUGCAGAACGGUCGUAUUGUGCCCGUGACCCCGCCCACACGCCUGCCGCAACUCAACGGCCACAGCCCACACAAGCGUCACAACAACAAGCACAGCCACAACAACCACGACCACAAACCCCACAACUACCACCACCACGACCACUACGCACAUGAGUCCAAGUCACCUGAGAGACACGGCGAUGCUGCGAAUGGGUUCCAAAGCGACCCCUACCAGCAGCCCGAGCACGCGCAGCCGUAUCAUGAGCAGGAGUAUGACCAGCAGGGUGCUGGCGACUAUGGUGGGUAUGAUGACGGUGUGAGUGAGCCAGUGCCACCGAAACCACGUCGCGCCAGCAAGAAGGAGGCCAAAGCAAAGCGCAGGAGCAAGGAGCAUGCAGAGGCAAAUGACAGCUUCGAUGCGCACGACCAACAGGCGGAGCAAUCGCCCGGGAAGGAGAAGAAGCGGCGCGGCUCCAAGUUGGGCCGGCUCUUCGGUUUCGGUGUCCAGCACAUGGAGGACGACAACAUCGAACACAAGUACGAUGGGUUGGUUGCGAACAUCCUGAUGUUUGUGCUGAGCCGGGAGGAGGUGUCGACGUGGCAGACGCCCGACGGAAAUGCAUUCCUCCACUUCCAAAACGCACUGGCAGCAGCAGAGGAGGGGCGCCUGUCGCACUGGGAGCACCAGCCCGACUCGCUCGCUGCGCUGCUGGUGCUGCUGGACCACCUCCCGCGCUCGCUCGAACGCGAUCCGCAGGACAUCUACCGCCUCGACGCCGUCUCGCUCGCGAUUCUCCUUCGGUCUGUUGACAGCGGCGUGUUUGAAGGCCUUGAUCCACUGCAUAAGCUGUUUGCUUGCUUCGUCCUCAGCCGGCAAGAAGAGCCGCAAUACCAGGAGAUGUGCAUUCGCAUGUGGGAUAUGCUGAAGCACCACCUGCCCAAAGGAUAUGGCCAGUUUGGGAAGACCUUCAAGCGCAACCGCGACAUUAUCAAGCGGUUUGGGCGCUUUCCCGGACGCAACGACGUGCUGGGCCGGGAGUCCACCCCAGACGAGGUCAGGUUCCUGCUCGGUGAUCGGAAGAAGAGCAAGCGGGCUGCGCGUGCGCGUGCAAGUGACGAUUACGACAGCGGUGAUGCUGCGUCGCCAGCCGCCCGCCGCCAACAACAACAGCACCAACAGCACCAACAGCACCAACAGCAGCAGCAGCAACGGCGGUCCAGGGGAUUGUUUGGGUCGAAGAAGAAGAAACAGCAGCAACAGCAGCAACAGCAGCAACAGCAGCAGCAGCAACAACAGCAGCAGCAGCAGUGGGGCAGUGGCCGUGCACCGCGUCCUCAACGCAAGCUUGGGAGACACGCAAGCCGCACCUUCCAGUCGCUCAAGCCACUGGCGACAAAAUGAUCUCUCGACGAGUGGUUGUGUUGUGUGUGUGUGUGUAUUUUGUGCGCGUGCCAAGGUGUAUGUGAACAUAUGUGGACCUCGUCACUGCCCAAGUGCCACAGGUUGGUGAUAGUGAGUGACUUAUGUGCCUUAUCUUACGAUUCAGCGUUCUGUUCCGUUACAUGAUUCGAUGAUUUGAUUUGACUUGCCUUCUUUUUCUUUCUUCUUCUUUUUUUUUUUUGUUUGUGUUCUC